AUGGUGAAGCUAGCUUCAGCAAGAGACUUUCGCACAUACGGUCCAGGACUCACCAGAAACCGCUACGAAUACAUUAACGCAGGCCUUUAUCUCUUUGCCACCGUCAUUCUUUGCUCCGGCUUCGCAGCACAGCUUUCUCUCGAAGCCCGUUCCGGCCUCGUACUUCUUCUUACUGCUCUCACCAUUAUUCUCGCUGCUAAUAUUCACGAUAUACUCGCUCACUUCGCUGGCAUUGAUUUCCAAUUAGCUCUAAUUUCCUUCGAUCUUCAACUCUUCUUCGUUGAAUUCGCAGCUCCCUUUGUUCAGAUCAUCGGAACAUUUCUUCUCUUUCUUGGAGUUCUUCUCAUUUUCAUUGAGGAAGAGAACGGACAUGGUUUUCUGAAAAUGGAAAAGCAAGUGGUGAACAUGCUAGUAGCUGGACCUGUAUUAUGGGUAGUAGGAUCUAUUCAUAAUUCGUGUCAAAUUUACGAGAGAGCAGAUGGUCAUGUUCAAAUCUUGCAGCAGUUUGUAUAUGUCCCUUUUCUGAUGGGGAGUUUAUCAUUCAUGCUUGGUGCAAUUCUUAAUUAUCAUGAACAAUAUAAAGAGAUUCACCAUGGCAUCUACUUGCUUGGUGGGACAUGGAUUUGGCUAGGAAUAUUUGGGAGCUUAAUGUUCUUUAUUGGUGGAUUGACAAACUUAGUGAAAGUAUUCAAAAUGCAACAAAUGAAUGGAAUAAGAUUGGAGAAACUGCGAGGUGGGGCACAAGAGAGGCUGGUAAAUGCAAGAGAAGGAAGGGUACCACUGAUUUUGGAGCAGCAUCAACCUAUAAUAAUUAACCGUCAAUUGCCCGAAGAGACAAAAGUUGAUAUGCAUAACCCAAUUCCUACUCCUUAUAAGGAUGUUCUUAUUGGUUUGACUAAAUCAUGA